GAUGGAAACUUUUAUUUUGUAAAUAAAUGUUUCUAAACAUUAAGACAGGUCAGUCCUCUCACCGGAACCAGAAGUUAACUGAACUCAAACUUUAAUUAAUGAAGAAGAAAGAACUCUGAUCUGGUCCCGUCAGGACCCGGACCCAGCUGUGGACCCGGACCCAGCUGUGGACCCGGACCCAGCUGUGGACCCGCCCCUGGUCAAACCGAAACUUCUGCACAGAAAACUCCAUUUUGUUCCGAAAUCCACCAGAGACGUUCUGCUGCUCCUGGAACCAGACCGGAACCGAACCCGACCCGUCAGCAUGGCUUUCGCCCAGUCUCCCUUCUACAACCCGAUCAUUCCUUUCACUGGAUCCAUUCAUGGUGGUCUGCAGGAAGGCAAAUCCAUUYUCAUCAGUGGACGGGUUCUGCCUCGUGCCAACAGGUUCCAUGUGAAUUUACAGUGUGGGUCCAGAAGUGGUGCAGACAUCGCGCUCCACAUAAACCCACGUUAUGACAGAAACCCGUACCUGGUCACCAACACCCAGCAGAACGGCAGCUGGGGUUCUGAGGAGAGGAGGCAGAACGUCCCCCUCCCUUCAGGCUCCAACUUCACGCUGCAGAUCACCGUGACCCGAGACUACUACCAGAUCAGUAUCAACGGAGGACACUUCAUGGACUAUAGACACCGUCUCGCAUUCCAGCAGGUGGACACGAUCACUGUGGGUGGCAGUGUGGAAGUUUCCUCCAUUUCCUUCACAAGUCCUGCGGUGUUUCCCUCCCAGGCAUUUCCCAGCCAGGCUGGCUUCCCAUCUUUCCCAGGACUCCCUGCCCAGCCUGGAUUUCCAUUCCAGCCUGGGUUCCCUGCCCAGCCCGGGUUCCCUGCCCAGCCCGGGUUCCCUGCCCAGCCCGGGUUCCCUGCCCAGCCUGGGUUCCCUGCCCAGCCCGGGUUCCCUCCGUCCAUGCUUGUGGUUCCGUACAAGCAGUUCAUCAAUGGUGGACUCCUACCAGGCAGAACCAUCAUGAUCCAGGGAACCAUUGACCCUGGAGCCUCCAGGUUUCACGUGAACCUGAGCCACGGCUCGGGGAUCGCUCUGCAGUACAACCCUCGCUUCAACGAGAACACCGUGGUCCGAAACACCAAGCAGUGUGGUAGCUGGGGUUCUGAGGAACGACACGGGAGGAUGCCCUUCCAGCGUGGGAAACCUUUCACGCUGACCUUCGUGUGUGAGAACAACUUGUUCCGGAUCGUGGUGAACGGGAUGCAGGCCCACACCUACAAACACCGCUUCACUCCGGUCCACAACAUCAACYCCCUGGAGAUCGAGGGAGACCUCCAUCUGAGCUCCGUCAGCCUCUGAAGGUCCAACGGGUCUCCUGGAUCCAGAAGGUCCUGUUCUGGCUGCAGACAGGUUUCCUUCCAGCUUCAGCUGUUUCUGCUUCGUGUGUUUGACUCAGUGUUCUACAUCAGACCAGUGUUUCAGAAACCAGUUCAAACAUCAGACCAGUGUUUCAGAAACCAGUUCAAACAUCAGACCAGUGUUUCAGAAACCAGUUCAAACAUCAGACCAGUGUUUCAGAAACCAGUUCAAACAUCAGACCAGUGUUUCAGAAACCAGUUCAAACAUCA